UAAACUUCAUGAUUCAUUCAACUACAGUUUUAGGUUCUCCUUUCAUUCCUACGUCAUUUUUCGAUACAUUUGUCUGUGAUCACUCUGCAUGUACUUAUGAAGGUUGUCUCAAAGAUAAGAUAAACAGUUUGAUAGAAUGAUAGAGAGAGAAGGGGAAAAAAGUCCAAACCACUCUGCUGCUUUCCCCCUCCUCUGUUCAGUCUUUCACACAUCUGACAGAAAACUAGAAAAACAACCUCCACACUCCUCUUUCCAUCAAUUAUAUCCUAUGUUGUUUCUGUCCCCCCUUAACCCGCUCACCAUUCUUCAGUAUUAUCUGAUCGCGUAUAGCUUUUGGGUAUGCAAUAUUGAUUUAAGAUUGAACAUUUCAUGGAACAAAGCUGGUAUUUAAAGUACUAAAUUCUCACACUCUGGGUUCUAGAAUGUAUAAACUUGCACAAAGUUGAUUUUAAAAGGCAAAUGCUAAAAAAGUAGGGCAGCGAGAGUGAUAAAUCUACAUUUCUCUGGUCUAGGAAUACAUCUUCUCUUGGUAUAUCGUCUUACACCUUUAUUCUUUCACCCACAUUAUGCUAAUGGUGAGGUUUGUGUAGGUGAUUUCUGCAGGUACAUUCAUACUGUACUCACCACUGAAUUAACAACGCCCUCAUCAGCCAAACCUACAAACUGUGCGGGGGCCGUCCAGAUUCACAGUCUCUCAAAGUUUAAUGCCUCUGACCGAGAUACGACACAGAGAGACAGAGUGGGUGGACCUAUAGUAUAGACCUGUCAUUCAAAAUAAAAAUGCAUGGUUAUGCUGAACUGCUGUUACCUAAGAAUUAACAGUUAAAAUGAUGAGAAAAAGAAAGAAAAGAGAGGGAAACACUACGUGUGGGUGGAAAAAGGGGUGUAGAGAAAAUGUAUGCGGAAUGGAAACGAUUUUAUAUUGUGGGUAUAAGAGGGAUACACUUGCAGAAAGAGAGCGAGAGAGCGGAGGCGGGGUGUACGGAGGUUUCCCUUGUCCACUUCCUGUUCUGUCGUUGUUUCGUGGUCAACUUCCCGUCACAUGAUUUUGAGCAACAACAGAUUCUCACUGGCGUAAACACAGUUCACCCACGCAAACACAUGCACAGAAAAAAAAUAAUAAAUCACACAUUAACACACACAUAUAUGCAUGCACAAAAUCUCAAAGUUCAUAAUUUAACACACCACAUAACAUUAACAAAAACACAGCCGUUCAAACACAUACAAAUACAAAAUAAUGCACAAACUUGUUCUUGUGACUGACACACACACGCACACGACAGGAAGCUUUGCUCUCACUAAUGUCAUAUACACUUACACGCACACCCACGCCUUACCUGCCAGUUUGACGACUCUUACGUUCUUUACACUCAAGUCACUAACCACAACAGAUGCGAAUCUCAAGAUAACACUCUGAGCCGCAAGCACAAUAAGCCCAAAAAGUCUCAUAACUUGCCAGCAUCUUUGAAGACAACACACUUUCAUCCUAGAGCUUUUGUUAAUUGUUAAAAAAAUCUGUUAGUCCGGAUUCAGCCCUGUUUGCUCUAUCGUCUGUCUGUUUACCAUGAAUGAGACCCUCUUUGGACCGAGAGAAGAUGUUGAUCAAUGGGAGACUUUUUCAGAUGCUAUGAGCGUCUUUUAACUCGAGGGUGCAGCCAUUUGCAAAACGCCACAUGGCUGACCAUACAUCUCCCGAGCCUGAGUCGCUGUCCUUCACUCCCAUGUUUCGCCCUCAGACAGAAGGACAAAGGUCAAGCCACGACCUUUACCAACAAGGAUCAAUGAGUGGCCUCGGCCAGUUUGAGGUCCCGUGUGAAGCCACGAAUGGCACCGGGAGCUCUAUGAAUGGAAUAGAUCAAUCAGCGAACGCUGCUUACUGGGGGAACACGUCCCCUGUGUCCUCUAUGGGACUGAACAGGAACAAGACACAAGCUGGAGUUUAUGAGACUGACUGGAGUUCUCACUGCCACCAACAAGAGGCAUCAGAGAGUUAUGAAAUAAUUGGGCGUCAGCAACAAAAACUGGAUUCUUUCUCCGAGGCGUUUUGCAGUCGUAGCACCUACAGAAUGCUGGGCGGAGGAGAGCAGAGCGGCUUCAACAACUCUACUCCUCCUUCACAUAACCUCUCCUUCCCUCUGGUUCUUAGCCCACCGCCAACACCCCUGCCGGCUCCAUCCUUUUCUCCUACUAAACGACCUCAACACUUGUUGCCUGGCCAGAUCUUGAGCCAAUCGCAGAUACAGACUCAGAUAGAUGGGUCGCUGCAGUUCUUUCCCUCUUUACCUUCGCCCUCCUCCGGCAGGUUCAAUCACCCCAUUUGGCUCCAGCUGCAAGCUGACGACAACAACGGCCUGGACUUAACGCAGCACCUCCCACAAGAUUCAAACUCCUCCAUGGUUUAUUCAGAGCAUGGAGGGCCUCAUCUGAAACAAAUAAACUCCCUGCAGAAAGACUGUUCACUGCAAAUGUCCCUCAACCCUUCACUGGUUCAACAUCAUCAUCCUCAGUCCUGCUUGCAGCAAGAGCUGGAUCAUGAGCCUGGGACAUCCGAAGAUCACACGACAUGGCCUCAGUUUGGGCAAUCAUCCAAUUCAUUUGGACCUUCUCUGCAUCAGUCUAGUCUCCAUGUGCAGGGGUCUGGGUCUGGAGAAGGAACAAGGUUCGGUUAUGGACUGAACUUCGGUUCCGGGUCCUCGGACAAAUCUCUGGGGUCCUCCAGCACUCAGGCAAAGACCUUUAAAUUUACCAAAUAAUUUUGUGCCAUUUAA